AUGCCGGUAGGAAAUGCUUCAUACUACAACAGAAGAAAGUAUUCCCCACAGGCUCCACCGGAUCACCAGUCACGAGCGUUCCUCGGUGAGUACGGGCGCCCCGAUGGCGGCAGCGAAAGGAGCCGCUCGAAUGGCAGCAUCUCGUCGGUUGCCUCGUGCGUCAGCAGCAUAACCAGUGCAGGAUCAUCGGCCGAACGGACAGCGGCCGCGGUUGCGUCGGAUGCAGUGAACGGAAACGCAAUCGAGCGAUGCACCGAUAGUGUGGGCGCGUCCGGGCCCGAGUGCUGCGUCCAGCGUACGGUGCAGGGUGGUUUAGGUGAACCACCCCAACAGGUGGCCAGCCGGGUGUGUGUCAGUGAGAGUGUAACGAGUGCCGGUAUUGGGCCGCAACGUCGUGUGCCACUUGCGAGCGUCAUCAAUUCGAGCGGUGAGCCACCAAAUGGACCCUUGCUGCCGUCUCCGGGCGUGCCAGCGACUCACAACCGAGCGGGAGUGUCCGGGCUGGUAUCCGGUAACCGUCCGGUGUCCCUGGCCGCAGUAGGUUCUGCUGCCUCGUCCGGUUCGGUGGCAGGACCGGGCCAAGUGUCGAACACGUUCGCAUCCAUCAGCCAUCGGGGCAGCAAUGACGAAUUUGGAUCGCAGCUUUCACCAGGUCCUUCGUCGAGUAAUGGCAACGCCAACUAUCAGCUAGGUCCGGGACAUUCCAACGACUCGAAACCAGCGCCUGUGACUCCACGAAACCCGUACGGUAGGCAUUCGUCAGUGGGUUCAACCGGCCCAAGUCAUCCUUCCGCGGUUUGCGCGCCCAACAUUGGCCCUCGACCUGAGGACAAUCCAUUCGUGGCCAAUCCACCACACUCGGGUGGAGUCAACGUGAACGUAACUGUGAACGUCGUGACACGACCUGCCGCCAGCACGAUGACGACGACGACGGCAACGACGACCAGCACUACGACCCUGGCGCCCCCGCGACCGAUGCAAAAGGUGAUCCCGACGGUGGUCUACCUGAUGUCUCGGAUCGCUGUACAUAUGGAGAUCGAGGGUACCGCGCAGUGCCCGGCGCAGGUGAUGCUUGCCGCCGCCCUUGGCUGUGAAGAACUAGGUAUAACGAACAAAUUGCUGGCCCAAAGCGUGUUCGGUCUGUGGAUGACGAGCCCGUUGCUGGAGGUGCAGCUAAAACCACACCAUCGGCCAUAUGCGGUGCGUGUCGCCUGGUCAAAGCUGCUGGACAAACACAGCCACGGGAAUGAGCUGGAGAAGCUGUCCGACGAACCGAUGACCACGCUGCGACGGAAUGUGUUUUUCUCGCGCCGUGAUGAGGAGAAAAUCAAGGACCCUCGGAUACUGGAACUGUUGUAUGAGGAGGCCCGCCACAACGUGCUGCUCGGUCGGUACGUGAUGGAACCGUCACAGUCGAUCAUGCUUGGUGGUAUCCAGGCCCGGAUAGAGCUCGGCCCGUACAACUCACACACUCACACCACCAGCUACUUUCGCGAGAACCAGUUUCGCUUCCUGCCAGCCCACGUGGCGAAGAGUUCGAGCUGGUCCUGGUUGCCGAUCAGUCAGCGGUCGUCGGCUGAGGUCCGGUUGCUGGAGCAGUUCAAACGUGUCCCGACGACGGCCACCACCAAGAAGCUGAUGCGGAAGUACCUCGAGUUCUGUUGGGGUCUUCCGUUCUACGGGGCGGCCUAUUUCCACGGUCAAGUCGAGCAGCCAGUGCGAGGCCUCAUGAGCUUGAUGCAGCAGAAGGAUCUACCCGUGCUAAUAGCGGUCAACGAGCGAGGGAUCUUCGUCAUCGAUCAGAUCGAAUGCACACUGCUGCUGGGACUAAAGUACGAGGAGUUCUCGUGGGAGUACGCCAAACCAAGCAACGUGAACGACCCCGAGUGUUUGCCGUGCAUUUUCCUGCAGUUUGGUGCGGUCGAGAACGGAAUCGCGGCCACGAAGCUGAUGCAGAUUUUCUCCCGCCAGGCCGCCAUGGUGGACGCCUUAAUCACGCACUUCAUCGAGCAGGACAAGCGGCGAAAGGAGAGCGGUGCGGACGUUGACCAGGGCGCCGGGGGGCUGGCCGACAACACCUACGUAGAACCAAACCCAAUCAAGAACAACGGCAUUGGCGUGUUGAGCAACAAGUUCUCUCGGCUCACGUUGGCCACGUUCGACGACGAAGGGCGCUGCAUUGGCCAGACGGGCUCGUUAUCGAUAAGCUAUUAACAUUUAAUUCUCAUUUAAGUUUGGCACCGCGGAACGGAACGAAGCAGAACCGUGGGUUGGUGCGAGCGCCCUUGCGGCUGGACGGUGAUUCGGGUUAUUCGGUCGAACCGGACGCAGACGUUCUGACCCGGACGUUUCGGUGGAUGAGAAUCGAUAAGAAGGACGAGAACGCGCGCGCGGAGAAAGGGAACCGCCCAACGCACGAAGGCAAUCGAACUGGUUGAACAAGCGGGUUGAAAUAAUCGCAAAGGGUUCCGUUGGUGUACUUUCCGUUUUUUGGGGGAAUACGAAUACGAGCUCCGUCUGCACGUCGUCGCUGUACAGUAGUUGUAGCCGCCAUUUUCCAUCGCAAAUCCUUAGCCUCCACCCCCCCUUCUCCGCCCCUUCAUCCCUCCCCCGGGAAUCCUGGCCGAGCUGAUCCGCAACGUGGGUGGCGAAGGCGCAGACGAGAAGGUUGGAAAAUCGAAUUUACUUGUACAUAUAGUUGCGCGUACGUUGAAGCGAAACAGCAGCAGUUGGUGCAACGUUUGGUGCCGGCGAAACGUCGCUCGGGACCUCCGAGGGCGGUGGGGAGGGCUACGGUGACAGGACGGUGUCCUUAACGGUUUCGUCCCGCAGCCAUCCGCGCGUAGAUAAUAAUACACUAGAAGGACACAGGCCAGGAAGCGCGAGCGAGCGAGCUGCUCUAACUCGGCGAUCGCGAACCAAGCAGAAUCUCUACAAGAUACAUAAAAAAGAAAAGGCAAAGAAAGGCAGAGAAAAAAAUAUAAAAAAUCGUAAAGUAUCACUUAAUACACAUGAAAUGUUAGCUAAAGCAAGGAAUGAAUCGUAAAUACAUCGCAUAAAUGCAGCAAAUAGUGUACAGAAAGUAUCGUAGACAGGUGUCGGGCAGCGUCGAAGGUCGUCAUCAUUGUAGCGGAAACAAAAAAUAAAGGGAAAAUUCAGGAACUGCGCGAAGUGGGAGGCGUUGGGUGGGAUCGAAACGGGCUACCAAAGGGCGGAGGCAAGAGAAAGAGAAUAAUUUUGUACUACUUUAAUUUAAGUGUACCCAAGGAAGUAUAUAUAUAUACAUAUAUAUGUAUACACGUACAUACAUAUACAGUGCAUAUACAUCUAAUCUAUAUAUUUAGAUAUUUUGUACUAACGCAAAGAAUGAGUAUCCUUGGGGUAAUCAGGCAAAAUUAAAAGGCAGGCAAAUGGCCACAGGACAUGGGAGUAAUCAAGUAAACGAACUUAACCGACGCCGAACAGGGCAGAACCAGAAUCAAUCAUGCUAGGUGUGGACGUGGGUGGAUGGCGGGCGUCGGUAGGUAGAGAGAUAGAGAGAAAGAGAAAAUUGAUAGCAAGUACAUUUAAAACAAAAUCGGAGAUCGAACGAAGAACAGAAGGGUAGCAAAAGAAGAAAAGAGACGAGAAAACCCAUGAGGAAACAAAUAGAAGUAUCGUACUAAGGAGAUUAAAUUCGAAUGAGUAAAGAAGACGAUAAAACAAUCGGUUAGCAAAAAAAACGGUAUAUACACUAAUAGUCAAAUGCAUUAAAACAACAAAGAUGAUAAUACAAUCCCUCACUUACAAGCAUUACAC